UAGAUGUGGGGAUGUGGGCUGUGAAUGUCAUUAGCUCCACUUAUGAUCUUGAGAACUUGGUGUUCCCAGCAAGAUAGUAGGUGACUGGCUUUUCUCCAGCUCUUACAGCCAAAGUACAGACUAUUGAGAGAAUUGAUUGGGCGAAGGUAGCAGACAUUUCUAUGUUCUAGAACUACCAGCCAGGCCAGCCCCUCGCCAGAAUGAAGAUUUCCAGAUUUGUGAGCAUCCUUGUGCUAUUUGGCCUGCUUGUAAACGUCCAGGGACCUAAUCUAGCUGACUUGCUGUUUCCCAGGAGAUGCCCCAGAUUCAGAGAGACAUGUGAACACAAAGAGAGGGACCUUUGUACCAGGGACAGGGACUGCCCGAAGAAAGAGAAGUGCUGUACCUUCAACUGUGGAAAGAAAUGUCUGGACCCCCAACAAGAUGUCUGCAGCCUGCCAAAAGACUCUGGCUACUGCAUGGCUUACUUUCGUCGUUGGUGGUUUAAUAAAGAAAAUAGCACGUGCCAAGUCUUCGUCUAUGGUGGCUGCCAGGGAAACAAUAACAACUUCCAAUCCCAAAGUAUAUGCCAGAACGCCUGCGAAAAAAAAAGCAAUCUCACCUGAACAGAGGACACACUGGGAAAGUCAGUAGGAUUUGGCUUCUUCUCCAAGCUCUGUGUACCUGCCGGAUGCUUCAGACUGGCUUCUGGGGACCACUGUGAGCACUGCCAAGCCUUGGGUCUCCACAGUUAUUGGAUCCUAGGCUGCCUCCCCUCCCACCAUGCCAGUCGCUAUUCCUAACAUCUCCGCUUAGGGUCCCAUCCCUAGCUAAGCCUCAGCACCACCGUCAGAAGCUCCCAGUUUGUUUCCAUGUCGCCCCCAGCGUGGUUCAGUAAAGUCUGUGGCUUC